UCUGACUUGCGCAUAAAUCAGGUCAUGAGCUCUCUGAUCACCCUCCAAAUACGCAUGCAUCAAAAUCCUGGAAAACUCGAUAUACUAGAAGAGGCUUCAUUGUUGAGCCCCAAGGUGAUGCGAGCCACACAAGGGUGCACCAAGGGCUUAAAUGGUGCUGUUGGUUUAGCCUGUUCCGACUCAUUCAGUAAGCUUGUUAUCUCCCCUUUGGCGCAUGCUGAAAUCUGCCAAACAAUAGAACAAAGCAAUGGAUGUACUUCUACUCACUGUCUUUUUCUCUACCUUUAUUUGGGCUGUGACCUUUUUCCCGGGAAGAGGUUUAAAAACUUCAAUCAACAGUGGUCAGGGUUGAACCCCAACCUGUUAUUUGGGAAGGGCUCAAAGUACUACUAA